AUGUCGCAUUGCACUGCGGCCGAAACGAUGACCGCGAUCAACUCGCGCAUGAGACGGCCGAUGAGCACGAGCAUCAUCCCCAGCCUCUCGCUCGACAGCCGCCCACCCCUCUCAUCCUCCUCCAAACGCGCCUCAACCCCCUACCACAUCCCCACGCCCAAGAGACCCUCGAGUACCUCCCAGGCCGCCCUAGCCAGCAGUCAGAGUCGUGUCGCGCUCAACCUCCUCAAACGGCUCUCCACCCAAAACUCCCUCCGCUCCUCAGACCCAUCGCCCUGCCACUUCAUCGUACGCGACUUUGCUUUCAAACAAUCCGACCCGAGACAUCUUGGCCUCCGCCUCGCAACUCCUGCCAAUCAUCACAGAAACGGGACCGAUGAUUCGUCUACCAAGUUUCACGAACUCAACAACCAUCUUGCCGACCUCCAACAGUGUCCGAGCAAGCCGACCUUCUGGAACAUCUGUGCCAGUCCGACCGGGCCAGGCUCGACGGCCGACUCGGAGUUCGAAAGAGACCAAGAGGAAGCAGAACAGUCGAUGGAGAUCGACAAGCUCAUCCACAAGCAUCGCCAGGACUCCUCCGACUCAUCCACCGCCUCCACGACCUCUGUCGCCGACCCAUCCGCCCAGAAGCAGCAGCUCAUCCUCGGCGAAAACGGCGGCGAACAGAUCCUCACAAGACUCACCGCCAAGUGCGAGAACCUUUACGUAUCCCUGUACGACUUCGUGGCCGAGGGCGAGUCGGAGAUGAACCUGGCCAAGGGCGAGAUCGUCUGCGUACUCGAAAUCAUCUGUGACGGCUGGGUCGUCGCCCGUAAAACUAAACUGCUCAUCGACGACGACGGCAAACUAUUCACUCCUGAACUCUCACCCGUACUCCUCGACGAUCUCAACGAAUUCGUCCUGCCUACCUCUGACGAUCAUCAUAAUCUGUCUCUCACCGGCUUGUGUCCUGAAAACUAUCUACUCAAGAUCUCUUAA